AUGGAGCAUCAGGCUUAUUGGGCUUUAAAGUUCUUGAAUUUUAAUCCCUUUGAGACUGUUGAUAAGAGGAGAAGACAACUUCUAGUGCUUGAAGAGAUCCGUUUGCAUGCUUAUGAUUCUUCAAAGAAUUACAAAGAAAAAGUUAAGUUCUAUCAUGAUAGGAAGUUGGUGAAGAAGGUCUUUCAUCCAGGCCAACAGGUGUUAUUGUUCAACUCUUGCCUCAAGCUCUUCCCUAGGAAAUUGAAAUCCAAGUGGUUUGGGCCUUUCAUAGUUAAGAAGGUCAAACUUCAUGGUGCAAUUGAGUUGAUGGAUCCAUCUGCUGACAAUCCACAAAGAAGUUGGGUGGUUAAUGGGCAACGCCUCAAGCAUUACUUUGGUAGUAAGGUUGAACGCCUUACCACAAUCAUUGAGUUGCUUGACCUUUGA